UAGCCUCAGGUGAGCGGGGCGGAGUGCCUGUGGGGUCGGCGGGACGAAUUCAAGCCCCCGUAGGUGCCAUUAGCUGCCAGGAGGGGCUCGGGCUGAAGGAUAAGCUCCGGGAGGGGCGCUGGCCUAAUCGGCCUCUGUCCUCGGAGUGGGAUGCGGUGACGCCCCCGAAGGACCAUGGCAACGGCCGACGAACUGACCUUCCACGAAUUCGAGGAAGCCACUAAUCUUCUGGUUGAGACCCCAGAUGCAGUCACCACCAGCAGAAGUGAUCAGCUGACUCCACAGGGGCACUUGGCCGUGGCUGUGGGCUCGGGUAGCAGCUAUGGAGCCGAUGAUGAAGUGGAGGAAGAGAGUGAUAAGACGGCGCUCCUACAGGAGAAGAAGCAGCAGCCCGAGUUCUGGACCUUUGGCUACUAUCAGAGCUUCUUUGACGUGGACACCUCACAGGUCCUGGACCGGAUCAGAGGCUCGCUGCUGCCCCGGCCUGGCCACAACUUUGUACGGCACCAUCUGCGGAAUCGGCCGGAUCUGUAUGGCCCCUUCUGGAUCUGUGCCACGCUGGCCUUCAUCCUGGCUGUCACUGGCAACCUGACACUGUUGCUGGCCCAGAGGAGGGACCCCUCCAUCCACUACAGCCCUCAAUUUCACAAGGUGACCGUGGCAGUCAUCACCAUCUACUGCUAUGCGUGGCUGGUGCCCUUGGCGCUGUGGGGCUUCCUGCGGUGGCGCAAAGGUGUCCGGGAGCGCAUGGGGCCUUACACCCUCCUAGAGACCGUGUGCGUCUAUGGCUACUCUCUCUUUGUCUUCAUCCCCACUGUGGUCCUGUGGCUUAUCCCCGUGCCAUGGCUGCAGUGGCUCUUUGGGGCACUGGCCCUGGCCCUUUCAGCUGCUGGGCUGGUGUUCACUCUCUGGCCUGUCGUCCGCGAGGACACCAGGCUGGCAGCUGCAGUGCUGCUGUCUGUCGUUGUGCUGCUCCACGCCCUCCUGGCCAUGGGCUGUAAGUUGUACUUCUUCCAGCUGCUGCCUCCAGGCCACCUGGCACCCCUACCCCAAGCCACAUCUCUGUCCCCAAGCAUGCUGCCACCACCCACCCUGACCCGGUCCAUGGCAACCUUCUAGGAAGGCCUUGACCCUCCAGGCAAAACAGGAGGCACCUCUGCCUGUCCUGCACCCCAGGUGAUGAUUGAAGGCUCCCUUGACACCUCAAGAUCACUCUGUUACUUUCCAGACUUUUAUUACAAAGCAAACACUUUUAUUUUCUAUGCAAAGGUGAUUCAGAGAAUUUAUAUAAAGGUGGGGGAGGGGGCAGCCUAGCAGAGACAGGGAUGGGCCCCCGCACCCUCCGGGCUGCCUUCUGGGCCAUUGGGCUUUCCCUGACGCUACUAUGCCCAAGGAACGGGAGGGAGGGCUGAGGGGCAGCCCAGCCCCGCGUGUGCCCAUCCCUCCUGCGGUGCACACUUAGUAGGCUUGGGGCCUGGUCUGAUCUCCAGCGUCCAAGUUUGGGGUGUUAGAAAUAGGGGGAGCAGAAGUAGAAGAAAACUGCCUGUGCUGAAACAUACAUUUCCUUGUUUAUUUUGUUUUUCUUUUUCUCUUUUUUGGGAGGGAGGUCCCUGCAAGGUCCUUUCCCAGGCUGGGGUGGGACCAAAAUGCCAUCAUAGUUGUAGGGACUGGAGCGUCUAGAAGAAUGA